AUGCCGUCGCCGGCUGCCGUGCUCGUCAGCAACGGCGCCAUCUGCCCACACGCUCCCCCAUCCGCCGCCGCCUUCCUCGACUCCACGCCGGGCGCCUACACCACCGCCCGCGGCACCCUCCUCUGGUGGCCGCGCCACCUCCGCCGCCUCGCCGAAUCCACCACGCUCCUCGCCCGUUCUCACCCUCACCUGCUCGGCCUCCCCCUCCCCCUCCCCCGAUCGCGCGCCCUCGACCUCGACUUCCUCUCCAUCCAGUCCCUCGUCAACCCCUCCGUGCGGGUCGCCAUCCACGAGAUGCGCACUCGUCUGCCCAUGACCAAGGAGGAGCAUUUGGCGCUCACUACCCUGGUCAGAGGAGCAGGAGCCGAUUCCAUUUCUGGUUCUGGGGACGGCCUCGACGUCUUCGUCCAUGUGGGGAAGUAUGCCCCGCCGGUCUUCGGAGAAUCGGGGGCCAGACUUGCCGUGGCCGGCAGGGGAAGGGACGCCGCCACCGCCAAGUACGCGCCCUGGGCCAGGAUUCGGAAGAGUAUGGAAAAGAUGAGGCCUCCUGGGGUCACAGAGCUCUUGUUGACUAAUGACGGGGAUCACAUUCUUGAAGGCGCUGUCACAAACUUCUUUGUUGUCUGCCAACAGGAGGAACGUGAGAGGAAUGGGCAAUUCUCUAAUCAAACAAUGGCUGCUAAGUUUGAAGUGCAAACAGCGCCACUGAGUGAUGGAGUCCUCCCUGGGAUUAUACGCCAGAUAGUGAUAGAGGUGUGCCAUGAUAUUGGAAUCCCAGUACGAGAGAUGUCUCCAUCGUGGUCCAAUAAUGAAAUUUGGAAAGAAGCAUUUGUUACAAGUAGUUUAAGGCUUAUCCAGCAUGUAGAGUCAGUUCAAUUACCUUUAUUUUGGGAGGACAUACAAUCUAAAACCUGGAGCGAUGUACCUUGGGCGGUGAAGAAGUUUCAGGUGAUAUUAAAGCCUGUUUGUAAACUUGUCAAAAUUCAAAACUAG